AUGCAGUACCUUAGAGACAUCAAACUGGAACGCAGGGGCCGGUACCUACCUCGUGUCCAAGCAACCUUUGCUAGGUUUACUGAAAUCCGUGACUUUAACAAUGCAAGUGCAGCACUUGAGAACACUGUUAGUGUUGCAUCCCCUGAUGGGGAUCCGAUGCAAAUGGUGGUAACGUACUCAAAUAAAGGGCUUGCUUACAGGUUGGUCAAGAAUCCCUUGCCGACAUUAGAACAACAGUAUGACAGAAAGUUGUUCAUUGACUUCUGCCCAUUCUUGAAGUUUUCUUAUCUGAUCACCAAUCAGGCUAUUGUUGAAGCCAUGAAAAGAGAACAAGUGUUUCAUAUUAUAGAUCUCAAUGCAUGUGAUGCUACUCAAUGGAUAUAUCUUCUUCAUACUUUAAAGGAACAACGCCAAGGAGACCAACUACUUAUUAUAAAGAUAACUGGGAUUCAUAAGAAUAAAGAUGUUUUGGAACAAAUAGAGUUUCAAUUGAUUCAAGAAGCUCAAAAAAUGAACAUCCCCUUACACUUCUCACCCAUUGUAAGCCAAUUGGAGAAACUUUGCUUUGAGAAAUUGCCUCUGAAACCAGGGGAGCCCCUUGCUAUAAGUUCUAUUCUUCAUCUUCAUUCUCUUCUUGCAGUUGAUGAUCAAAUCAGUCCUGAUUCAGUCCUACCACCAAAUUCUUUGCAUUGUGUUUCACCUAAGAUGAGGUGGUUUCUAAGUAGCCUUUGGAAACUCCAACCGAAGUUAAUGGUCAUUACAGAAAAAGAAUCAGAUAACAAUGGGCAUUCUUUGACAGACAGGCUUGAUAAGGCACUGAACUUCUAUACUCCACUGUUUGAUUGCUUGGAAGCUAGUGUUCCAAAAGAAAAAGCAGAGGAGAGAAUCAUACUGGAGAGGAUGCUUCUCGGAGAGGAGAUAAUAAUAAAGAACAUUAUUAUUGGUGAUGGAUUUGACAGAAAAGAGAGGCAUGGUAAGUUUCUGAAGACAUGGCACCCAUUGCUUGAUUUGGCCGGGUUUAGGAGGGUUCCUAUUGACUAUGAGACAAUGUUGCAAGUAACAAGGCCAUUGCAGAGUUAUGGGAGUGGAUACAAGUUGCUAGACUUCAAUCAAUAUUCACCAAGGCAGGAGGACCUCAGAGACAUGAACGUGAAAGAAAGGGCCUUAUACCUAGUUCAUCUUUUGAAGACUUGUGCUAGGUAUACAGACGAUGAUGAGUUCAAGAAGGCAACCGCUGGACUUGAGCUAGUAAUUCAGGCCAAGCCUGACAGGCCAACCCAGAUAAACUUGAGUGCAUUGCUAAUCACCAAUUGGACAAGACGACUAACUUCCAUCAAGACUGAAACAUCAGUGCUGUCCGAGACUGAAGUGAAGGUGACGGCUGGGACUAGACAACCAACUUCCACUGAGAGUAGACCAUCAACUCCGACCAAGACUACAAUGCAAGCGAUCGUCUAA